CCGACUGCCCAAUCUCGCCGAAAGAAACGAACUGAGCCACGCCCCAGAACCGAGCGCGAAAGUCCGCGAGGGAGCGGAACUAACGGCCAGGCUGAAGCGGGGAAAACAGCGCUCCAGACCCUCCUAGAGACAAUCAAUGAACAGCAAAAACGAGACGCGCGAGAUAAUUACCGAGCAACGAAACAUGAUCUGCGAGCUACGCGACGUGGUCAUCAAGCAGCAAGAUAUGAUUCAACAGUUCUGCGAAGAGCUGGGACAAGCCCGCGAUGUGGUCAGCAAACAGCAGACGCGAUUCAGCAGCUCUCUGAGGAGCUGAGACAAGCCCGAGACCAGAUAGACGCCGUUGCA